CAGGAGCCGGGGGCGGAGCCGCUGGCGCCGCCGCGCGUCGGCCGCAUCGGGGAUUUCAUGGUGAGCCACCUGGGCGGCGUCAACCUGGCUAGCCUCGGCAGCUUGCUGCUCCGGCCAGGCUCAGACACCUCACUGCCUCCCAUCUGCAAGGAUGUGGAGGGCAAGUACCUGAGCGUGGCGGGCGCGCCGGCGGGCAGCGCGGCGUCCACGCCCGAAUCCGGCUUCCGGUCGGCGCUGAGCGUGGAGAACCUGGCGGGCGGCUCCGGGUCGGGCUCCGACGCCGAGGACGCGCGCCCGCCGCCCCCGCGCUACCCGGCACGCUGCACCUCGCGCGAAGACUUCCUGCAAGACGUGCGGAGGGCGCGGCAGAACGACAACUUCGUGACGCUGCAGAGGUUCUACAUGCGCACCUUCGACACCUUCGCGGAGAUGUGCGCGCUCUUCAAGGUGGACACCGACGAGGAGGGCGCGCGCGUGGAAGACCCGGGGCUGAAGAUGGACUUCCUGUACACGGUGCACGACUCGCUGCGAGAAAUGCCCUCCAUCAUCCAUAAGACUGUUAUGAAGGCGAUCAUCAAUGCACUUUUGGAGGAAAACCGCACCCUGCACUCCAAGGACGACGUGCGCGCGCUCUUCAUGCUGGUGCAGAGCCCCGUCUUCGCCGCGCAGUCCUCCUACACCAUCCUAGCGCACCUCCUGCGGCAGGUGGUGAGCUUGGCGCCGGCCGACCACCAGCUGCUCGUCGGCUGGUUCAAGAUUCUGGAGGUGGAGAAGCUGCGCAUGAUGGUACGACACCUCAUCCAGUUCGUGACGAUUCGGCAGUUUCCGCCGGCCGACAAGUCGUUGCCGCCGCUCAGCAAGAGUCGCUGGUGGAUCCCAACGGCGACCAAGGCGCUGGCCCUCAUUAAUGCCGCCAAUAACUCGAGCAACCCUCCUCUUCUGGACUACGCGGAGUUCUACAAUUCGUCGCUGGACCACAUGGACCUCAUGCAAGACUACUUCAACUGGCAGAGCCCACAGCGCCCGGGGCAGUUCUCCUACUGCCAGUAUCCCUUUAUCCUCAGCAUCGUCGCAAAGCGGAUUAUCCUCACUAAGAUUGCCAACAAGCAAAAGGAUCUGAAGAAGAAAUUAAAGGUGUCUUUUGUGGGUGAACCCGGUCUCGAUAUGGGAGGUCUCACCAAGGAGUGGUUUCUUCUGCUCAUACGGCAAAUCUUCCAUCCUGAUUAUGGAAUGUUCGUGUACCAUCCACACUCUCGCUGCUACUGGUUCAGCACUGACCAGGACGGAAACCUGCGCGAGUACAACCUCAUCGGCGUGCUCAUGGGUCUUGCGGUCUACAACUCCAUUAUACUCGACCUACAUUUCCCUUCUAUCUGCUAUCGGAAGCUUCUGUCGCCACCAGUGGUACCUGCAGUUGACACAGCAGGUGUUGGAGUGGUCAAAACUCUCACUCUGGAUGACCUAUCAGAAAUAAUGCCGGAUGUAUCUAGAGGUCUCACCGAACUUUUGAAUUAUGAAGGCAAUGUGGAAGAAGACAUGUGCAUGAAUUUCCAGGCAAGUAUCUGUGCAGUGUCACUUGAAGAAUAUGGUGAAGUUAAAACAUUUAAGUUGAAGGAGAAUGGAGAGAACAUACCAGUUACAUGUGAGAACCGAAAAGAAUAUGUAGAUUUAUACAUGGACUGGGUACUCAAUGCUGCUAUAUAUGAACAGUUCCGUGCCUUCUACCUUGGCUUCCACAGUGUUUGUGCAUCUAAUGCUCUUAUUAUGCUGCGACCAGAGGAAGUUGAAAUGUUAGUAUGUGGUUCUCCAACUCUUGAUCUAAAUGAAUUAAGAAAAGUAACAGAGUAUGAUGGCUACAAAGCAGAUGAUCCAGUAGUUAUUGAUUUCUGGGAAGUGCUGCAUUCUCUCUCAGAAGAAUUAAAGAAAAAAUUUCUCCUCUUUGCAACAGGAAGUGAUCGGGUACCAGUAGGGGGCAUGGGCGAAAUGACAUUCAAAAUAACAAAAGUAACAAACAAACCAGAAAACUUACCAGAAGCACAUACAUGCUUCAACCAAUUAGUCUUACCAAGUUAUGAGAAUAAAGAUAUGUUACGACAGAAACUCAUUAUAGCAAUAUCUAAUGCUGAAGGUUUUGGUCUUGAAUAGAUGUGUGCAGAACAAUCUGUGAAGUGUGUACAUUAAGAGUCUCGAUUGGAGAACCAAUAUCAUGAGCAUCCUAUUUCGUGUACAUUUUUAAGUAUCAGGUUGUAAAUAACUCUUUCUUAUUGAAUUCAUGAAACUGUCUGCACUAAACAAACAGUGUUUAACUAACUACUAUAUUCCAUUUUAGCACAACUCUUUAUACUGUGAAUAUAUUGUGUCUCACAAAAACGAACAUUAAACAAAACGUUUUUCAAAAAAAACUUAUUAUCAACAAAUUGUUAAAUAAGUAAAUGUUCCAUAAGUGAUUAUGUUUGGUGCUUAUUAAAUGUCAUAUAUAUCACACUUGUUUUUCAACACAAGUUUUGUUAAUUUUACAAGUGGAUAAUAUGAUGUAUUUCAAGAACAAAUUAAAGCAAAAAACCAUAACACUUAACUUUUGAAGGACAAAACAAAAAAUAUUAUUAAAAAAGUAAGUAAUAUUUAAUCAUAAAUUAAAACUAAUCAUAUCAAAACUUACAGAUUUUUCUACAGACUGCAGACAAACAUGUCUUUGAUAUCUGUAAAAAUUCAAGAUAUGUUACAAUCAUAUUCUGUAAAAGAAUAAGCCAUUUUCAUGAAGUACAUUAAUAUUUCCAAUCUUUCUUUUUCACAACUAUUUCAGCAACCAAUUAUAAAAAUACAUGUCAGACAAUUCUAGUGAGAAACUGUUUGCAAUUAGGCCAACAGAUAUGUUCGGCCAAAAACAAAUUCUAAACUGUUGUAAAUAUCUGAAUCACACAAUGUACAUAAUUGUAUUGUAUCUUAAUGGGAAAACCUUGUGUUAAUAUAAUUCGAAGGCAG